CUCAUAACGUACAGGAACCUGGCCGGAAAAUACGGAUUGUGAUCCCGUAUUUCGUAACUGAUAAAGGGCCUGAUAUAACAGCUAUUGGAAUUUGAGUUCAUUCAAUCUUUUGCGAGCCAGUGGCUAACAUAGAAGGAAAUUGAGGAGGACUCGGCAUCUCCUUCCUACCUUGCGGUUAUCGCCACUCCGUGUAUAGUAUUGCCACUGUGCUGAGGAUGUUUUAGGGCGACACUACAGAACACUAAAAGAUGAUAGUUUGUUUUACCAGCUGUGACAUAUACAGGAUGUACCUGAAAGCAUUUUGGUUCUUAGUUUUAGCACACACUAUUUCAAUAUCAUUAUCAUCAAAGGUUAGACACAGACGAGAUGAAUUAGAAUACAAUUUGGAUGAGACGGGAUGGGGGCCGUGGGGGUCCAGCAGCGCCUGUACGAGAUCAUGUGGAGGUGGUGUAUUUUAUCAGGAGAGAGUCUGCCAUAAUAUAACAGAAGGUGGUACUUGUGUAGGUCCGAGCCGAAUAUAUAGAUCUUGUAAUCUAAAGCCGUGUCCAAAGGGAACUCCAGAUUUCAGAAGUAUACAGUGUUCACGUUUUAAUAAUGUUUCGUUUAAUGGAAAAUAUUUUGAUUGGAUGGCAUACUAUGCAGACUCCACCAAAUGUGCUCUGGAUUGUAUAGCAAGAGGUGAAUACUUCUAUUCUCGUCUCGCUGAGCGGGUGCUGGAUGGGACACCCUGUAUCCCGAAGGAGGAGGGAGUCUGUGUGGAGGGACAAUGUCGGCCCCUUGGUUGUGACCGAAUGCUUGACUCAAGCGCUGUUGAAGACAAAUGUCGAGUUUGUGGAGGGGAUGGGUCGUCUUGUUCGACAAUGGCUGGCAUGUUCAUGAACAAUGGAUAUCAAAUCGGUUACAAUGACCUACUUUUGAUCCCUGCUGGUGCGACCAACAUUAAGAUAUUUGAGCUGGGCUCGAGUAGCAAUUAUCUUGCUGUAAGGAAUAUGUCCGACUUCUACUUCUUGAACGGCAACUGGAGAAUCGACUACGAAGGCUCUAAAGAGAUUUCCGGUACGACCUUCGAAUACAAACGAGACCCUUACCGUCACAAAUCACCGGAGAGUUUACAAGCGCUUGGACCAACUAAAGAGGCAAUCUUUCUUGUGUUACUCUAUCAAGGGCAGAAUACAGGCAUAGAGUAUGAAUACUCAAUCCCUGUUAAAAAUAAAGAGGGACAGGAUGAGGUGGCCUACACAUGGUCAACUGGAGCCUGGGGGCAGUGCAGCCAAACUUGUGGUGAAGGCUUCCAAACAAGAACCGUGACUUGUUCAACAGAGACUUCAUUGGAUGCUGUAGAUGAGAAUCUCUGUGACCCACAGACCCGGCCGGCUGAUAACCACACCUGUAAUCUACAGCACUGCCCAGCAAGUUGGCAUCUAGGUGACUGGGACGAUUGCUCCAAGACGUGUGACGGUGGCUACCAGUUCAGGAUGGUCUACUGUGAGCAGGUACGCGGUGACAUAGCGAUGGCAGUGGAUGAUACCGUCUGUAUUGAACAACAAGGUGCCAUGCCUCCUACGCAGCAGAGGUGUAACACGCAGACCAAGUGUCCUCGUUGGGAGGUUGGAAGGUGGUCCAAGUGUAACCAGAUGUGUGGUGAAGGGAAGCAGACUAGAGUUGUGAUGUGCCUGAGCCAGGAGAUCGUCAACGGUAAAAAGCAGGUCCUCUCCAACAGCAGCUGUGAAGCUGGACUUCAACCCAAACAGGAGAGGGUGUGUGAUGCUGGACCAUGUGAGGGAUAUGAGUGGCUCACGACGUCAUGGAGCAAGUGUUUUGGGCCUUGUGACAACUCCGUACAAUCUCGCGAGGUCGUGUGUGCGAGCAGAAGGGGGAUUGUUCAAUCCAUUGCCAAAUGUGAUCCGAGAAGGAAGCCAGAUGCAAAACGUCCUUGUCUAGAGGGGAAAGGUCGCUGCAAGGGAUUGUGGUUUGCCUCCGAGUGGAGCGAGUGUUCCAGCAACUGUGGCCGCGGUUUCCAAGUUCGUAGCGUCUACUGUGUUGCGAUUGAGGGAGAGAAGAUUCGCCGCCUCCCCGAUUCGUCCUGUCUUUCCCACAUGAGGAUGGUUGAUAGACAGGAAUGUAUCAACAGAGAUUGUGACCCAACAUGGUUUGCUGGUCCUUGGGCUACGUGUUCGGCUCCGUGUGGAGGUGGAUAUCGUCGUCGAGACAUCCUGUGUAUCCACGGUGGACAGAUUGAAAAAAUAAAGCGGUGUAAAUAUCACUUGAGGUUGGAUGCCAAGGAAUCGUGUAACUCGCAUCCGUGUGAUGACGACAAUCUGAUUGUAACAGAGGGCUGUAAGAGUUCACGGUAUGGUUGCUGCCUGGAUGGCCUGUCUGCUGCCCUCGGGCCCCAGUAUGCUGGCUGUGACAGCGCCUCCAUGGAGAAGGAUUGUCUGAAUGCUGCCUUUGGCUGUUGCUUGGAUCGCAAGACUCCUGCUCAAGGACCAUUCAACUUUGGAUGUCCCAUGUUCACGUGCAAGACUUCUAAACACGGUUGUUGUGAUGAUGACCUUACUGCAGCUGAUGGCCCAAACAAGGAAGGUUGCCCAGAAGUUGUCAACUGUGAGCUGUCGAAGUACGGUUGCUGUCCGGAUGGCUUCACUGCUGCAGGAGGGCAGAAAGCCAAUGGAGAAAAGGUUGGCUGUCCGGAGAAAAGGACAGAGCUACCUUGUGUUCUGACCCAGUUUGGAUGCUGCAGUGAUGGGGAAACUGCUGCCACUGGGCCCAAUGAAGAAGGCUGCAUGGAAGGUUCUGGGUCUGUCUGUGAAGAUUCGGUUUAUGGUUGCUGUGAAGACGGAUUCUCACCUGCAAACGGACCCAACCGGGGAGGUUGUGACACCAAUCCCAUCCCAGAAUCAUUAACAACAGUGACACCUGUAAAAAGAAAAGAACAGCCUGUACAUAUAACCACUGCCAUGAAUAAUAUCCCUGCUUCCAUAACCACUCCUCAUCCUCCACCAAAAGUGGUCACUUUACCAGCUCAACAGAAGGAGUAUGCGUGUCUCAACUCUGCAUUUGGGUGCUGUCCAGACAUGGUCUCUGAAGCUAUUGGCCCUGACAAUGAAGGUUGUCCUGUCGUCAUACCUCCUGAAAUGACAACUGCUGUUGCCGAGGUAGCUACCUCGAGUGGGGAGGUUGUUGACGGAGAUGAUACCACAAGUAGCGGUUUCAUCAGCGAGCCUGCAGAGGUCGUUACCAUCCCUGUAACGGCUGAGGUUGAGACUACCAUCGAUCCUGGCAGUGGAAGCUCUGAAGAUGAUGGGGAGGAGAAUAUUGAUGGCACUGCUUUCCCUGCAACAGAGCCAGCCUCUACUGCUGUACCAGUGACAAGACAACCUGUCUUACCUGCUACGACAACUGUUCAAAUCGCAACGGAAGUUCCACUCAUCAAUCUGACAGUACUUCAUUGUAAUGUGUCCCAAUAUGGGUGCUGUCCUGACAAUGUGAGUGUGGCUCUUGGACCUGAUGAGGAGGGUUGUCCAAACAUCACAACCAAUCAGUCGAGUAUCAAUUGUAACAUGACUGACUUUGGAUGCUGCAAUGAUCAGUUGACACCAGCGUCAGGAUGGGAGAUGGAAGGAUGUCCUGAAAUGACAAGAUCACCCCCUACCAUGGUUGAACUAACGACAGCUUCGACGGAGGUUACAGUACCGCCCGAGCCAGUCAGCUCAGAUACACCAACACGUGCACCUUUUGUGAACAUGUCUGAGCUGUAUCCAGAGAUAGAAGUCAUAGAAAUCGACACUGAAAUGGAUUGCAACGCAUCUAUAUUUGGAUGCUGUCCUGAUCGUUUCACCCCAGCUAAAGGUUUAGACAAUGAAGGUUGCUCUGAUGGUGAUGAGAAUCCAACGACUGAGGAAAUUCCCGAUUAUGCGUAUUGGACUGUAGAGGCUAAGAUUGAUAUGGAUAAGUUUCCGUGCCGUAAAAGUCGAUUUGGUUGUUGUCCCAACGGUCGCUUCCCCGCAAAGGGUCCAAAUCAGGAGGGGUGUGCUUCUACAACAACGAUGACAACAGUUGCCAUGACGACAGCUCGUCCUACACCCUCUGGGUCUCCAUGCAUCCGCAGCGAAUUCGGCUGCUGUAAGGAUGGCAUAUCUUUUGCUUUCGGGCCAAACUUCAAAGAUUGUGACAAAGAGAUGGAAGGAAGUUGUGAAAACUCUCAGUACGGCUGCUGCCCGGAUGGCACGGCUGCACAAGGUGAAAACAAGACGGGUUGUACGGACUCGAUGGCGGUGUUCGAAGUCCCUGAUUGUAUUUAUAGUGAUUUUGGUUGCUGUCUUGAUGGGGCCACUCCAGCCACUGGACCAGAUUAUCAAGGAUGUGGUCACGAGAUUGAUUGUACUUCAACGAAGUUUGGAUGUUGUCCCAAGAGCAAGUUGGCUGCAACUGGUCUUGGUUACGAAGGAUGUCCUAGUGAUGUGAUGCCUGGCAAACUGUGCAUGGAGCCGAGCUCAACUGGUUCAUGUCGAAACUUCUCUGUAAUGUGGUACUUUGACCAAGCUUAUGGAGACUGUGCCCGUUUCUGGUACGGUGGCUGUGAAGGAAACAAGAACCGCUUCGCAACGAGGGAGGAAUGUAAAUCAACUUGUGUUGAACCUGAAGGGACUGAUAUCUGUGUCUUGCCAAAAGAGAGUGGUGAUUGUGACGACUCGGAUCUGAGCUACUAUUAUGAGGCGAAGAGUAUGAAAUGUCUUCAGUUCACCUACACGGGAUGCAAAGGCAACAAGAAUAGAUUCAAGACGAUUGAGGAAUGCGAGAAGAGAUGCCUGGUUCCAAGAAAACAAAAUCGCUGUGCUCAGCUGAAGAUCAGUGGUCCUUGUAAUGGAACCAUCCAGAGGUGGUACUAUAACUCAGCAAAUGGUCAGUGUGAGGACUUCAUUUAUGGAGGCUGUAAAGGCAACACCAAUAAGUUCUACACUAAGAGAGAGUGCGAGUGGAUGUGUGCAAGAGAUGUGGAGAAAGCUACCUGCGAUGAGAAAAAGGUGGCUGGCCCCUGCACCCAGUCACACCCCAGCUUCGCCUACGACCACGAAUCAGACCAAUGUGAGGCAUUUGAUUACUCGGGGUGUGGUGGCAACAGGAACAGGUUCCAUAGCUUCAACGACUGCAGCAGGAAGUGUGUCAAGGAGCAAAUAGACACGUGUUCACUGAAACCAGAAUCCGGUCCUUGUACCGCAUACUCCAAGCGAUGGUUCCACGAUCCUGAAGAUGGUUAUUGUAAGGAGUUCUAUUUUGGUGGCUGUCAGGGAAACGCCAAUAACUUUGAGACCCAUGAGGAAUGCAAGGCGGGCUGCAAUGCGACUGAUCCACCUAAGGAAGAGGAGCGUGCAGACACGUGCAUGCUGCAGCGUGAAACUGGUCCGUGUCGAGGUAAACUUGAGAGAUGGUACUUCGACAGAGAUAUGGGGAAGUGCAUGACAUUCACCUAUGGAGGUUGCCAGGGCAACGAAAACAGGUUCUUGACAAGGAAGCGCUGCAUCACAACUUGCCCAGAAGUCACCACACCCGCACCGACGACUACUACUGUUGCUACGACGACCACUACCACUACCACCACCACUACCACAACUCUCGCUCCCACUACUACAGAAGGAGAUGUAUGUCUCCAGCAGCGUUACUCUGGUACCUGUAAUGGUUUCUACCCAGUGUGGUACUUCAAUGCACAGCUGAAGACGUGUCGACGCUUCUUAUACGGUGGAUGUGACGGCAAUGGGAAUCGUUUCGAUAGCUUCGCGGAAUGUGAAAAUAGAUGCGUUUAUAAAAUGACCACACCAUCUACUGUCCUUAUAGAGGAGGUAUCUACCACAGUCACAAUGGAGCCAGAGGUCACAGUGUUUGACUUGUGCCAAGAACCCGUUGAUGCCGGACCAUGCGAUGCUAGGUUGGUGAGAUGGUACUUUGAUAAAGACUAUGGUGACUGCCGGUGGUUCCUCUACGGCGGCUGUAAGGGAAAUGCAAACAUAUUUGAUUCAGAGGCCGAGUGUAAACAGAUAUGCAUUGAUAGAAAAUUGAAGAAAUCAGAGAUGUGCUCCUUAGCCAAAGAACCAGGUCCCUGUAAGGCCAUUCUCCCCCGUUAUUACUUCAACCAUGAGAAGGAGUCCUGUGAACACUUCUACUAUGGAGGAUGUGAAGGAAAUGCUAAUCGCUUCAUUUCGGCUGCUGAAUGUGAGAGCUCCUGUGUCGAGGAGACUUUUGAGAUCAAGUCCAUGGUUCAAGAUAUUUGCCAUCUGCCCCGGGAAGUUGGCAAAUGUUAUGACUCGAUGCCAAGAUGGUACUUCAGUUACACAACGCGUAUGUGUCACCCGUUCAACUACACAGGCUGCGAUGGGAAUGGAAACCGAUUCAACUCGAGAGAGGAAUGUGAUACCUACUGUAGGCCUGAAGUCAUUGAAGAUAUUUGCGUCCUUCCAAAAGCUGUGGGCUCCUGUAACAUGAACAUUCCAAGAUGGUACUAUGACCGUGUCACAGCCAAAUGUCGACAGUUUGAAUAUGGUGGAUGUCAUGGAAAUCGCAAUCGGUUUGUCUCAGAAGUUGAGUGCUACUAUUCGUGUGUUACGAGGGCCAUUCCUACUCCUAGUCCGACCACAACAACUACUAUCUCGACAACUACAUUCGAUCCAUGUGAGAAACUCCAGUGCAACUUGCUCUGUCCCUACGGUCAGGCAAUUGAAGAUGGUUGUGAGAGGUGCAGGUGCCAUGACCCUUGCCACAAUAUCCACUGUACCUCUGACAUGAGCUGUGCUGCUGAAGAGGUCCAGUGUGUCACCUUCCCAUGCCCGCUGGCAAGGCCUGUCUGCAGACUAAAAAUCAAGCCUGGAAUCUGUCCCCUGGCUGUCAGAAGCUCCAAUCAUGCCAAUAGUCGUGAUAUCUGUGUUGUGCAGUGUCUCUCUGAUGCUGACUGCAAGGAUGAGAGCAAAUGCUGUCAGACUGGAUGUGGUGCAAAGUGCCUUGUCCCGGUUAAGAUAAUUACGGUGAAGCCACCAGAGGAUAAAGCUUGCAAGAGUUCAUUGUAUGGGUGUUGUCUCGAUAGUCGCACUCCAGCUAAAGGCUACAACCUCAGAGGAUGUCCAAAGGUGUCUCCAGCGAUCAAGAAACCCAAGACCACCCAGAUCCUAACCGUAGCGGGCCGGACUGUCCAGUUGCCUUGUGAUGCCACUGGUGCCCCACUCCCCGUGAUCACAUGGUACAAAGACCGGUUUCCCAUGAUGAUCCACCACAUGCCUGAGAAAUACAAGAAAUAUCCAAACGGCACAUUGGUCAUGUACAAAGUGACCAGGAAGGAUGCUGGCUACUACACGUGUCGGGCGUACAAUGGAUUUGGGAAGCCUGCUACUCAAGGGAUGUCGGUCAUGAUCCAAGUCCCCACCAAGAUCUUCACCACUGGUCCAAGAGAUCUAUCCAUCAAACCUCGGUCAACCAUCACUCUCAACUGUGAAGCCAAGGGCCUACCCUCGCCGAAGAUAUUAUGGUUCCUCAAUGGAAUCCCCAUCGAAGAGACAUUUGCAAUAGACAGGAUGCGACUCUUGUUCAAUAACUCACUGCAGAUCUUCGACGUGGGUCUUGAUCAUGAGGGAGAAUAUGUGUGUGAGGCUUAUAACGGAGUGGGUGAACCCCAGAAACAGAUCACUACUGUAUCUUUAGUGGCGGACAUCAAGGUAUUUAUUGAGAGUCAUAACGACACCUAUGAAGACGGCUCUACCAUCAACCUCCGAUGUAAUGCCACUGGAUACCCGCCGCCCAAAAUCAUAUGGUACAAAAACAAGGGAGGCGACCGCUUAAAGGAGUCUGAAAAAUACGAGUUUGACGACAUGGAAGGUCUCGUCAUCAACAACGCCACGGAGAAGGACAGUGGUGUUUACUUUUGUAGCGCAAAUAAUGUCAGGGAAUUAAAAACAAACAGCACAAAGAUAAAGGUCAAUCCACCAGCGAUGACGUUUCCCCCGAAUUGUUACGACCAACCGAAGUAUGCCGACUGCGAACUGAUCAUUCGAGCCAACCUUUGCAAACAUCACUAUUUCUCAAAGUUCUGUUGCGAGAGCUGCUAUCGGGCGAAGAAGCUACCUUGAGGUUUACGAGUCAAGAAUGCUUAAAGGGACAAUAACAUUUCACCUACGUUCAAUCACAUGAGUAUAAGUCGCGUAAGAGUGCUAUUCUCAGUUAAAAGUGAAUUGAGAAAAUUACAUGAUUGCUCAGAUUCAUAUUGAAAUUCCUGCACAAUACUGCAGUCACACUCAUUAAAUCACGGCCACAGUAUUAGACAAUAGAUUGUUAGGCCUCAAAAUGAGGUUUGUGUCAUUUCUGCACAUUUUCAAAAUUGGUGCUACAUUUUCUCUGUUGUCCGUGUUGUAAGAUAGAAUGUUCAUUUCAUUUGGGGCGCUGGUGUGGAAGUAGAGAAACAUACAUUACUGUUGGUCUGCUCUGAAAAUGUUUAAAUAACUGAAUGUUGUUUCUACCAAGAUAAUGCUCUUUAAUACCCAAAAUGAUGUCAACAUUUACUUUCAAUUACCACUUCAGAGGAUUUCUUUUGGUACAGUUUAUAUGUACAUUUUUGAUAUUAUUGGUGUGAAUAGGAAUAGAUAGGAUGAAUAGAUAGAUAGUGUUAGCAAGAGCAGAUCCUCUUGUUUGGGGAGGGUCAGUGUAUUUGAUAUGGUACUAUUGGUAAUAAUAUAUUAUGACUUGUUGCUAUUGCUGUGGAGAGCCAUAACCUGCUGGUGAGGGGGGAAUGCUGAUGAGUUGCGAGUCUGUCUCAGAACAACUACAAAAGCAAGUUUGCAAUUUGACUGUCUCUUGAUUCAUUUAACUGAGAGCUGUUUUAUUAUUCUUUUAUUUGUAAGAAUAAACUGAUUUUAUGAA